AUGGUCAUUGACCGGUCUGGCAAGGCUGUGAAGCCGGCCAAAGACGCGAUGGUCAAGAAAGUGAGCAUGGGCCGCGACAAGGAAGGCUGCAUUCAGAACAUGCCAGAGGGAAGGAACUUCCUGGUGCGGGUUCUGGGCAAGCUGCCCGAUGGCAAGGCCGUGUACAGCCCAUGGAAGAAGGCUGUGACGUUGAGCCCGGAGACCCGAGACAAGGACCUGGGCAACUUAGAUCCCAUGAACAUGCCGCGGAUGAACUGCAACAACUGCCCCUGCGCCUGCUACGUGCCUUUCCGGUGGGGUCUCAACUCCCCGGGCCGACUGCGAUGUAGGCGCUGCGGCUGCCACCACACGGAGCAUCAGAUGGUGGAGGUCGGCGAGAUCCUGAAAGCACGGGAGACGAAGGCGAAGGGCUCCAUGAACAGGGAGGUGACGCCCUUGCCCCACGAAGCCCUGGAUUGGGACGAGCGCGAGUGCCUCUUGUGGUUCUGGUCUCAAGGUGCAGUGCACCCAAGGCAGGUCCUCAAAGAGGCCAACAGCAGGUCCAAGCCAGGUUUGGCCAACGGCGGAAUCAAGGGCCGCGUUUCAAUCGUCACACCCACGACGGAGAGCCGCCACAAGUUCCAUGAGCAACUGUUCCGGUGUUUCGAGGCACAGACCUGGCCCGACAAGGAGCUUGUCAUUGUAGAGACGUACUCUGAAUCCUACUCCGACUUCUUCACUCAGAAGGCCCAGAGCGAUUCAAGGGUGGUCUACGUCAAGUACAAGCAGGCGCUCCGGGCAGACUGGAGCAUCGGCCUCAAGAGGAACAUCGGGACUCAUCUUGCUUCCGGCGAGUUCAUUGCAAGCUUUGACGACGACGACCUCUACGCACCCAGCUACCUGAACACCAUGGUCAGCGCGCUGGAGGAUCGGCGAGCUUUGGCGGUGAAGCUGUCCAAUUGGUACGUGUACCACAUGGAUACGGAUGGUUGGUCUUUCUGCGAUCCCAUCGCUUGGGGCCUCACCAAGGGUCUGGAUGAAACCUCCGACAAGGUGAAGAGCUGGGCCUAUGGCUAUGGCUUCUCUUACGUUUACCGGCGGCAGGCGGGCCUUGAUUUGUGGUACGGCGACAUCAAUCUCGGAGAGGACUUCAACUUCAUGAUGCAGCUGCAGAUCCGAAGAGGCGAGCGAAGCGUGCACCUUGUCCCGGAUGACUUUGGCAUGUGCUUGCAUGUGCAGCAUGGAGGCAACACGUCCAACUCCAUUCCGCUUCGCGAGGUGCCAGAUGUUGAGGCCAUGGAUCUGGACAUCAUGGAGCUCAACGCUUGGAUGCACGCCUCAGGUCCAGCCGGCAAAGCCCUUGCCAAGGCUGCAGGUCGAAACCGAAGCUUGGGCAACAGCCGAAAGGUCACCUGCUACCUGCAAGGAGGCAAGCGAUACCAAGUGGAAUAUCCGACAAAGGCAACCGUUAAGGAUCUUCUGGCGAAUCUGAGCGAUCAGGCCGACAUGACGUGUGCCGACCACAAGGUCUACCGUGUCCCUCCUAUGGUCGCGUUUGGUGGCACUGGCGGGACCUACAGCAAUGCACAGCGCGACGAGAUCGCUGCGAGCGUCCUGGGCAUUGCCUUCCUCGCAGAGCUCCCGGGAGCCGAGGAGAACCUCCGUUCGGACACCAAGUCUGGGCAGCAGUGGCGAAAGCUGCUGCAGGCGGCCCAAGCGCCGGUUCGAGGUGCGGCGCGCUUAGGCCCAAGGACCAGCGAAGUCUGGGUUCUGUCUCCCGAUGCCGCAGCUGCAGCUGGCUACAGAGUGGGGGAGGAGACCUGGGAAGACGAUGACAAGGAGGCCUGUGCCGCGGCGGAAGAGGAGAGCAAGCUUUCCUUCGUGACCCGUGUGACCUGCCAGAGCUCGACGGUGAAGAAGUUUUUCGCCGCGAAGCAAUCCUUCGGCGUCUGGCUCCGGAAAGGGGCCACGGUAGUGGACCUGCGAUGGGUUCUGGGGCGUCACCUGCCGGCAGAGGCUCGAGUGCUCUGCCAACGGGAGGGACGUGACAUUCAGGCUCUUCAGGAGAAUGACCUCGUGCCCGAUGAUGUCAUCGUUUCCGACUUCCGUGGGUCGAGAAGUUUCUACAUGCGAUUCACGAACAAGCAGUGUGGGAUCGUCCUGCGCUUCAUGAGGUCUUUCUUUCGGAAUCCGGAGAACCAGAAGCGCCUGGACGACUUCGAGUCAACGGCAAAGGGCACUGGGCACGACUAUCGCGCUCAGCUGGUACAGCUGCUGGCUCACGAGGUCUACCCCAGGAUCUACCAAAAGUUUCAUGUGCCCGUCAUGGACGACCUCGAUGGCCCCAAGCUGAUGCUGGAAGCGAUGUCGAGCGUGUCUUCGAGCAACCUUCAGGUGUGCGAACUGUGGAUGGAGGUGGAGUUGCUGAUGCGGAACAAGGCGAGCGCCCAGCAGGCGCUGAGUGCUGUGAUGUACUUCAAGGAGUUGGCCAAGGAGACCUCCGCCAGCGCAGCAAAGGCAACGGAGGAGACAUCGGAGCCGCCGAAGCAGAAUGACGCGCCGACUUACGAGUCAGUUCGCGAAGUCGUGGGCCUGCUCCAGAAGGUCACUGAUGGUUGGGAGCAGCAUGCCCGGAAUUUGGGCUCGGCAGAAGAGACCCCAGCUCAAGAUGGCUCUGACAGCAAGGCCUCCGAUCCGAAGAAAGACCUGCAGUCGAGCAGACAGACCGCAGUUGGGAGCAAGAGCGACGGUGCCUCAGAGGCCUCGGCGACCGCAGCUGCCUCGACCCUGUCGGAUGCGGCUAUCAAGCAGCUUCCACCUGAAGCAUCCGCCUUUGCCAAGGCAGCUGCGGGCAAUCCAAUUGUGGAGCAGCAGCUGCGCAAAUGGGUUACGCAGCAGACCUUAUCUUCCGCCGCUUCGGUUGGUGGACAAGCAGAGCAAGUGGAGCAAGGAACGGGCGCGAGCAAAGCUGAGCCGGCUGUACAGACAGCAGCCGCGAGGAACGGAGAUGGGACUACCCCAGUGUUGUCAGUGAGCCCUCCUGCGUCAAAAGUAGCCACAAGCAGCCCGCCGAAUGGCCACGAGAGCCAGGCGAACGCGGAGCAGGGCCAGGUUUCGAAGGCAAAAGCAAGCUCACCCCGAACCCGGAGUUCACUGCUGGACUGGGAUGCGCUGGAGAAGAUGGAGGCACCGGACAAAGACUCAGAGGCCGCCAAGGGCGACGACCUUUCGGCUUCUCCGGGUCAGGCUCCUGGAGACUUACAGCCAGAGCCUCGCGCCGAUCUUCCCGAGCGUCCCCAGGGUGCCAAGCCCAAGCCCAAGGAGCGCGUCGAAGUCAGCCGAGUGGAGGUGCUGGUACGCCACGGCACGCGGGCCGGCGAGGCCCUGAUAUCCGUACCCUCCAACGCGACGAUGAUGCAGGUCAAGCAAGCCUUGGUACGCCUCGUGGGCCGCACUGCGGAUGCCAUCCAGCGCAUGCAGCUCGUGGAGAGGACUGGAAACACCUUCAAGCAGUUUGCAGAUGAGGAGCCUCUGGGUACCCGGAGGGAGCUCUUGGUACUGGGCCUCGGGCUUCCCGAAGCCAAGGAGAAGGACUCCGAGAACCCUCAGGUCAACCUCUCCUACGCCACAGUUCCCGUGAGCGUGCACAACGUCCUCACGGCCGAGGCCGUGACGCUGAUGCUGCCAGAGGUGGCCACAAUGAAGCAGGUCAGGGCCGCACUGAAGCAGGCCGGGGGCCCAGAGUAUGCCAAGCUCCUGGAUGCCGGCGCCGCGCUCUACAUGCUCGGCGAAGACCAGGUCCCCUUGCCCGAUGAGGAGUUGGACGACAUCUCCAGAGUCGAGGUUGCCAGGCAAGACGCAGCCAGGCAGCCUCACCUGUGGCAAAUUGCUGUCGAAAGGCGGCCAUUGAGCGACUUUUGGUCGGGCAUUAUCCUGGGCUCGAUGCUAGGACUUUGGGUGGGAAUCAACUAUGGAGAGUCACUGAAGUCCGCCUGGGAUACGCUGGAGAUGGUGUGCCCCCGACAGGAUGAGACUGAAAAGGAGCACACAUGCAGCAACACCGGUUGCGAUGAAGGUCGUUCAGCAUCUGUUAUGCCUCAGCUUGUUUUUAAUGUGAAGCAGUGUGAAGUGACCCAGGAAGGGACAGCCUACGACAUGCGCACGCCCCUGCAUCUGGCGGCAGCUGCAGGAGACCUGAAGUUGGCGAAGUUCCUGCUCGAGGAGUGCAACGCUUCGCUGCGGCAAGACCGGUUUGGCUUGCUCCCCAUCCACGACGCUGUACAAAACGGCCACAACGACGUCCGCCGGUACCUGCAGAGUUGGAAGCUCUCUGCCCUGGAGGCCGUCCAGCGGCACAGGGCUCUGAAAUGCCCAGUGGAGGCAAACGCCAGAUCCGUCGAGAACGUCUUUGCCCUCGGGGAUCAGAUGGAGCCGCUGCCGGAAGUUAUGAGCACCGUCUUCGAGCUGGUGGUGAAGGAGGGGAUCUUCAGCUUUACCACGGUCCAGGCCGAGGUUGAACACUUCUUCAACUGCCUGGGCUUUCAUCGGAUGUACUAUCAACACUUCACCCCGAUGCAAAUAGCCAAGCACAUCCAGUGCCUCAUCGCAGCGAAGCACGUGGCCCACGCAACGAGCCACAUUCGAGCCCUGGAGUUCGACUUCAGCACCGAUCACAGCGCCUUCUUCCUGACCGCCCUUAGCUCCGAUCCUGGCGCGCCGACGGAGUCGCAGCGGCGCACAGAGCGGAAGAUCGCAGAGUAUAUUGGCUUGGAUUUCAACAACAAGAGCAUCACCCUAACCUUCAUGGCCUCACAGGGCCCAGCCUUCAGAGGAGAAGAAGAGCGCCUUGGCAUCUACAACAUAGAGCGUGGCCACUUCGAGGUCAGUCGCGUGGCGGACAACGAAACCAGCAUGCAAAUAUUGGCGAGCUCCACCUUCCUCAAAGGUAAGACAAAAGAGGCCAUUGAGCAGUACCAGAUCAUCAUGGAGGAUGUCGUAGCCUCCCGGCGCAGCAUGGUGAACAUCAUACCUGGCGAGGCAUACCCCGGCAACUUCUCUGGCUUUGUGGUCCUGUUCGCGACAGCGGAGACGGCCGGCCGGAACUACUUUCAGGAGGUGUGGCAGGCCAUGCGCUUCGUUGCCCUCGUCCCUCGAAGGUUCUACUUUUCCACAUUCGCCAAUGGUGUAAUUGCCUACAGCUUGUUCUUCCCGGCGGGCGUCCCCGAGACCCAAGUGGAGAGGCUGAAGCGCGCGCUGCUGUACUCGACACUUCUGAAGGCCACACCUGGGAACUCCGAGUUGGUCUACCGCAGCGUGAUGCAGUCCCAGAUCUCUCACGAGUGCGGCCUGUAUAUUCUGGCGGCAGUGAAGUUCGUGUACACGUUCUUUCCGAAGGAGCAGUAUGCGCCGGAGUACAUUUCAGUGCACAAGGUGCUGGAACACGAUGCAGCAAGCCAGAGGAAGCUGGAGACUUUGUACAAGCUCUGCAUCAAGGACCUUCUGUCGACUGAGAGGAUCUACAACUUGAUUCAUCGUCACCCAAAUCUCGCGAGGCUCUUCUUCGAGGACUUCUCGCGCAUCGCUCACGGCGAGUGCCAGCCACGCUUCAACGAGGAGUUGAGCUCGGUGAUCGAUGAAGCUUGUACAGAUCCACAGGAUCGGCAGAUCCUGAAGAUGUUCCUCACCUUCAACCACAGCAUCCUUCUGACCAACUUCUUCAAGGAGCAGAUACCAGGAGCCCUAUCCUUCCGCCUGGACCCGGCCGUGGCGCUGAAAGACCGGCCAGCCUCCUUGUAUCCAGAGGUUCCCUAUGGCAUCUAUCUCAUCUGCGGGCGCGACUUCAUGGGCUUCCACACCCGCUUCCGUGACGUGGCGCGCGGCGGUAUCCGACUCGUGCUGUCCCGGGACAAGAACACCUAUGACCGGAACUUCGCCAACCUUUUUGACGAGUGCUACAACCUGGCCUUCACCCAGCAGUACAAGAACAAGGACAUUCCUGAAGGCGGCUCCAAGGGCGUCAUCUUGCCCGACAGGAGCUGGCCGAACGGGCAGAAUGGCAACGUUGUGGCUGGAUCUCUCCAGGGACCUCUGGGUAUGCGGUCUUGCUUCACGCGCUACCUGAAUGCCCUCUUGGAUUGCAUGAUGCCAGAGGAGAGCGGCAUCUUUGCAGGACACCUCAAGGGCCGCCGAGAGCUCCUCUUCUUCGGUCCAGACGAGAACACUGCGGGUUUCAUGGACAUGGGCGCAGAGGUGGCAAGGGCACGCGGAUAUCCGUUUUGGAAGGCUCUGACCACUGGGAAGAGCGUGGCACUCGGUGGCGUGCCGCACGACACCUACGGCAUGACCACGUCCAGUGUGCACAAAUACGUCACUGAGCUGCUGCGAGAACUUGGCGAGGAUGAGUCCAAGAUAACCAAGUUUCAGACGGGUGGUCCGGAUGGAGACCUUGGGAGCAACGAGAUCCUCAUCUCCAAGGACAUGACCAUCGGCAUCGUCGACGGCUCAGGGGUCCUCUACGACCCCAGCGGCAUCUGCCGGACGGAGCUCACGCGACUCGCGCAGCAGCGGGUGCCCAUCAAGGAGUUCAAUCGCUGCUUCCUCGGGAAUGGUGCGUUCCUGGUCACCGUGGACGAGAGCAACGUGACGCUGCCCGAUGGCUCGCUCUGGCUCACUGGGGCAGAGUUGCGGGACAACUUCCACCUGACCGACUACGCGUCAGCAGACCUCUUCGUGCCUUGCGGCGGGCGACCGAACGCCGUGACCACGGACAACGUCAAGAGGCUGUUCACUGCGGAUGGAUCCAGGCCGAAGUUUCGCAUGAUUGUGGAGGGUGCGAACCUCUUCUUCUCGGAUCGGGCCCGAGGUGUCCUGGAAGCAGCCGGGGUGCAUGUCUUCAAGGAUGCAUCGACAAACAAGGGCGGCGUGAAUUCCAGCUCCCUGGAAGUGUUUGCGGCCCUGGCUUUGUCUGAAGAGGAUCACUCUGCCAUGAUGUGCUACAAUCCGGUCUAUGGCGGCGUGCCGCCGCAGUUUUACGAGACCUACGUUGCGCAGAUCCAGGAGACCAUCAUGGAGAACGCUCGGCGGGAGUUCCGCGCCAUCUGGAAAUGCAACUCCGGCCGUGGCAUCUCAAAAGUCCAAGCCACGAAGAUGAUCUCCGGCAAGAUCAACCAGCUUCAGGAUGGCAUCAUGGCACAGUGCAGCCGCAUGACAGCCGCAGACCGCGAGCAGCUGGUUCGCUCCGUGAUCCAGCGAGCUGUUCCGCCCGUGAUGGUCCAGCAUCUGGGAGUAGAAGGAAUUCUGCAACGCGUGCCCAGCAACUACGUCGAGGCUAUGGUAGGCGCGUGGGUGGCAUCUCGAUUUGUGACGGGCCCUCAGAUUUCGGUGCUGGAAGCUGUUGCGAGUGAAGGCAUAUCUGGCAAGGAAGCCCAGCAAUCCAAGUUUGAGGAGUUCCGACAUCCUCUGGUUGCCGAGCUACAGAGCAGGUGGUUUGAGGAUACCCAGGGCGUCGCGUCCACGGCUGACAGCUGGCAUCGCCCCUACCUGGCAUGCUGUUUGAACUACUCAGACCAGGCAGAGAUGGGUUGGCAGGGCUCAACGGAUCGCCAGUUGAAGCUCUCGGUGGCCAUCGAGAGCCGCACCCGAUGCUACGUGGCUAGCACGACGGCAGUGCACCCUUCCCUGGUGGACACGUUCGGACGCAGGCACAGCUAUCUGCGAGUGUCCCUGACGGACCGGUGCAAUCUGAAAUGUCGCUACUGCAUGCCGGAAGAUGGAGAGGAAGUGUUCACUCCCACACCCGGUGGCAAAGUCCUCACAGCACAGGAGUUGAACCGCAUGCUGCGGCUAUUCGUCCGCCUGGGUGUCAAGAAGGUGAGGCUUACUGGCGGCGAGCCCACCACGCGAGGAGACUUCGCCCAGAUCAUGGAGGAUAUCGGUGAACUCAAUGCCUGCCUGCCAGAGCCGCUCGAGCUCGGCAUCACGACGAAUGGCGUGAGGCUCAAGAAGUUCCUUCCGCAGAUGCGUGCAGCGGGAUUGAGAAGCAUCAAUCUGAGUCUGGACACGCUGCAAGCGGCUAAGUUUCCGUUCUUGGCGGGGAAGCCGCUCGAUUGGCACGCACGCAUCAUGGACACCAUGUACUCGGUUGCAGAGGAGCCAUUCUUCAAGCUGAAGCUCAACUGCGUACUCCUCAAAGGAGCCAAUGAGGACGAGGUGGGAGCUUUCGUGGAUCUUACCGAGUCGCUGCCCAUUGAGGUUCGCUUUUUAGAGUUCAUGCCCUUUGAUGGAAACGCCUGGAGCGCCAACCGCUUGGUGCCACAGGCAGACAUGAUUGAGUCCGUCCAGAGUCACCUGGCAUCCAGAGGGCAUCCAGCUGCAUCCCGCUUGCCUCCGGAUUCGCUGCACGACGUGGCACGUCUGUGGCAG